AUGGGAGCCACGCCGCUCACUCACGGCCCCGGCACCGGCGCUGCCACGCCAACGGCGCCCGGGUUGGGCACUGGGCUCGGCGGUCUGGGCUCUGCUCUCGGCACGGCACUGGGCACCGCUGUCGGCACCGCCCACGCAACCGUCAACGGCACCGCCAUCGGUACGCCUUCGAAACCCGUAGGUUCCAUUCGGCAGGUCCCAAUGCCCAGCACGCUGAUCAAGGAUCCAGAGAACGCCACCGUGACGCAGCACCAUGCAAUGGUCAUGGCUACAAGGGAGCAGGCGCAGCCGGAGUACCUCCAUGGGCGCACAAAGGAGGUGGAGGGCCCUGCGCAGGUGACGCAGCAGCACACCCAGCAGGUCGUGAACGGCGAGGUCCAACAACAGGUGGUGGAGGUGCCCAACGUGCAGGUCCAUGAGAUCAUCCAGGAGAUUCCUGAGGUGCAGGUCGUCGAGAAGCUGGUGGAGGUGCCCCGAGUGGUGCAACAUCCAGUUGAGCACAUCGUCGAGGAGAUCGUCCAUGUGCCGAAGAUCAUCACCCAGGAGCGCAUCCAGCACCGGACUGUUGACCGCUACGUAGACAUCCCAGUGCCCGAAGCACGCGAGGAGAUAGUCCACGUGCCGGUGAGUGACAUCCAGGAGCGACAUCAUCACAUCGAGGUCGAACAGGUGAUCGAGGUCCAUGUGCCAAUGCAGAAGGAGGAAGUGGUUCAGGUGCCAGUUGCCAUCCGGCAGAAGCGCGUGGUGCACAAAACUGUCGAAUCUCUAGUGGAGGUGCCAGUGCACGUGACUCACGAGGAGAUCGUUCAUGUGCCGAAG